CGAAGGCACAGGCGCACAGCUACAUAGGCGCGCUCAUGGCGCCAGCGCCGCCGCCGCCGCCGCCAUAGCCACGAGCCCGACCCACGAGUUCAUCUCAUUUUGUUCAAUUAAUGUUUCUUUGCAUCCAUUCUAAAUUUGUAAUGUUGCUUUCAGCUCUUUUCUUUCUAAUAUUAGUGUUUUCUUUACCUUUGUAGCUGCUGCACUCGAUCCUCCAGAAUUGUACAGGUCAAACCUUGCAAAAAAAUUAAAUUCCCAAUUUGCUGUAACCAAGGCAAUCAAGAAGCUUGCGAAGUCAACUUCGGAAGCAGCAGCUGCUAUUGAUCAAUAUUCUUGGUUCAUUGAAAAGAGAGGGUUAUUUGGAGAUCCAGAAGCAAAAGUGGUCAGCAUUAAAUGGCAAAACCAGCGCAGCUGCAUGGUGGGGUUCAUAUGGAGGACAGUGUCCAGAAUUACAAAGCAUUGCAAGACGCAUUGUCUCGCAAUGCGUAUCAUCAAGUGGGUGUGAAAGGAACUGGAGCACAUUUGCUUUGGUGCAUACAAAAAUAAGAAAUCGUUUAGGCUAUGACAAGCUGCAGAAAUUGGUGUUCCUGCAUUAUAAUCUGAAGUUGUGCAUCCAACAGUUCAAAUUUGACUUUCAAAAUUUCCAAGAAAAAGAUUCUGAUCCAUGUAGCAUGAUGAUGGAUCUUGCUCUUUAUGAUGAAGGCAACCCAAUCAUGGAGUGGCUGAACAAUUCUAUGAGUGAGUCUACACCGAUUCUUGAUGAAUAUGAUGAUAGCGAUGAUGAUUGGUCCACACCUAGCAACUUCGUUGUUGAAAGUUUACAAAUGGACGCAGAAGAGGUGGCCGCAUUUAAGCAGAAGAUGCAAUUGGGCAAGAAAAAGAAAAAGAAAAAGAAAAAGAAGAUGCAAUUGGAUGAAGAUGAGGAAUGUAUUGCAGAUGACUAUGACACAGAUUCUUUAGAAGAACAUGGUAGCCCAGUUUAUGCUGAGUCAGGGGACAGCAGUUCCAACGAUGAAGAUGAUGGUGAUAAUGACCUUGCUGAUGGAAGUGGUGGUACAAAAACCGGUGCACAUGUACUAGGUGGUUCAGGUGUUAAUUUUGGGCAAUCAACCCCAAUGCGGCCAAGAUCAACUAGGAAAAGAAAGCCGAGUGUAAAGAGCAUCUACGACCUAUAAAAGAUCAGAUGGUGUAGGCUCAAAGGAAAAGAACUGGAUGGUGCAUGGCACACUUCAGUGGAUGUGCUGUUAGCUUUCAGUGAACUCCUAUAUUUUGUAAUGAUAUAUUUGAGACUACUUACCUAACUAAUGGACUGUAAUGUUGCUAGCUAUCUCAUGGACUGUAAUAUAUGCUAUCUGAGUCUACUGGACCUUGUUAUAUGUGCUAUAGAAUGGACUGUAAUAUAUGGAACUUAGCGAUGAUUUAAUUA